AUGGAGUCCUCGAUGCAAAAUUCGAAUCCGACUAUUUUGAAUGCUGCAGAUCUUCCCACCCGUCUGCGUCCUUCAUCAUGCAAAGCGGGCACUUACGGAGGCGGAAUCCUUGCGUCAGCGCUCCCCUCUCUAGCGGAUCCCACCAACUUCAGUCUGAGUGAAUCGGAAGAGUCUGAUGAAGAUGUUGAUUUGAUGGAAGAGCCGAUUGAUGAACAGGAGAUCUACGAUCUUGUGUCGACCAUAUCCGACCCCGAGCAUCCCAUUUCACUUGGAGCUUUGGCAGUCGUUUCGCUGCCUGACAUUUCUAUCAAACCAACCUUGCCGGAUGUACCGAGCUCGCUUCUUCGGACAGUAUCCGUUCUCAUAACCCCGACGAUAACACAUUGCAGUCUGGCCACAGUUAUAGGUCUUGGUGUACGAGUUCGAUUGGAGCAAUCAUUACCUCCGCGUUUUCGUGUGGAUGUCCGGAUCAAGGAAGGGACACAUAGCACUGCCGAUGAAGUGAAUAAGCAGUUGGCCGACAAAGAAAGGGUGGCUGCUGCACUGGAAAAUGGUACGCUAAUGGGCGUCAUCGCAAAGAUGCUCGAAACAUGCCAAUAA